AUGGCAUCCUCGACUACCCUAGUCCCGUCGCUUGAGACAGCGCGCGAGGUGAUCUCUCAGUCGAGAAAUUCCAAAUUCGCCCCGAACUUGCUGCCGGUGACUGCCACAAUCUCUGCGGAUCUCUUGACCCCUACAUUGGCAUACCUCAAGAUUGCAGAGAACUCUCGGUUGUCAUUUUUAUAUGAGAGUGCGGCGACUACGGAGACGAUUGGAAGAUACAGUUUUGUCGGCGCAGACCCAAGAAAGGUUAUCAAGACCGGUCCAGGCCAUGGCCCCGAGGCCGAUCCUCUCCCAUACCUGGAGGAGGAGCUGUCCCAGUUCCGCGUUGCCACUGUGCCAGGCUUAGUCCUCCCUCCUCUGACCGCCGGAGCCAUCGGAUAUGUAGGCUACGACUGUGUUCGAUACUUCGAGCCAAAGACUGCUCGGCCCAUGAAGGAUGUGCUGGGUGUGCCGGAAUCAUUCUUCAUGCUGUAUGACACUAUUGUGGCUUUCGAUCAUUUCUUCCAGGUCGUCAAGGUCAUCACCUACGUCCCGAUCCCCGAAUCGGAUGCCGAUAUCGAGGCCGAAUACCGAAAGGGUGAGGAGAUCAUCCAGAAAACCAUUGAGACUUUGCUGCAAGAACGCACACCAUUGCCUCCGCAGGGCCCUAUCAUCCAGAAUCAGGAGUACACCUCCAACAUCGGUCAGGAGGGAUACGAGAACCACGUCAAGACCCUGAAGGAGCACAUUGGCAAGGGAGAUAUCUUCCAGACCGUGCCCUCACAACGGCUGUCGCGGCCGACAUCUCUCCACCCUUACAACCUAUUUCGCCACCUCCGCACAGUCAACCCCUCUCCUUACUUGUUCUAUAUCGAUUGCCAAGACUUCCAGCUCGUGGGAGCGAGCCCCGAGCUUCUCGUGAAGGAAGAGCGUGGCCGAAUCAUCACUCACCCGAUUGCGGGCACCGUGAAACGCGGUAAGACUGUAGAGGAGGACACUGCGCUUGCGGACGAGCUGCGCAGUAGUUUGAAAGACCGAGCUGAGCACGUCAUGCUGGUGGAUUUGGCGCGCAACGACGUGAACCGCGUGUGCGAUCCGAUGACCACCCAAGUAGACCGCAUGAUGGUCGUCGAGAAGUUCUCGCACGUUCAGCACCUCGUCUCACAGGUCUCCGGUGUCCUACGUCCCGGAAAGACCCGCUUCGAUGCUUUCCGAUCCAUCUUCCCCGCUGGAACCGUCUCCGGUGCUCCCAAGAUUCGUGCUAUGCAGCUGAUCGCCGAGCUCGAAGGCGAGAAGCGCGGCGUCUACGCCGGUGCCGUUGGUUACUUUGGCUACAACAUCGCCAACAACGACGGCUCGAAAGAGGAGCCUGGUGCCAUGGAUACUUGCAUUGCGCUUCGUACCAUGAUGGUCAAGGAUGGUGUUGCGUACCUGCAGGCUGGUGGUGGUAUCGUCUUUGAUUCCGACCCGUACGACGAGUACAUCGAGACGAUUAACAAGCUUGGUGCGAACAUCGCGUGUAUCCGUGGAGCGGAAGAAAAGUAUCUCCGCAUGGAGAAGAAGUAG